CUCAGAGGAGAAAAGCAGCGCUAGGGUUCAACAAAGCCUAGGGUUCAACAAUGCUGCGUCGAUGGCUUCCCAGAGUUCCAGAUCGUGUCGAGUUCAUUCACCUGGGAAGGAGUUGGUAUGCGGACAUAGAGAGAGGCCGAUUCUGCGAACCUCAACGACAAAGGAUAACCUAGGCCGAAGAUUUUGGGGUUGCGUAUACUAUGAGGUUCAGGAUGCUUGUGAUUUUUUUCGUUGGGCAGAUCCAGAAGCUGGAGGAGCUCAGCAGGAUACUGAAAUUGCAAGAAGUAGGAGAAAACUUACAAGCUUAAAAGCAAGAUUGAAGGAUGUUGAAUUGAAGCUUAGGAUUGUUGCUACUUUAGGGAUUGUUGGGUGGAUUGGGUUUUUGUUUUUGUUGCUGGAAAAUCCAUACAAGUUAAGGCAACCGUAUAGAAUGCACUUAAAUUUCAGAUGAUUAGUUAGUCAAUUUUAGGAGAUUAUUGUGUUCUUUUGGUAAAUUUAUAGGAAAAUUUGUGAUGUUACAAUGGGU